GGCAGUGAAUAAAUGUGGCCGCGGACGGACACCAAGGGGCAUCUUCUCGGUAGCAGCAGCAGCAAAAAGGAGCUCCAAAGGACGUGCAGAAGAUGCCACUGAAGUUUAUCAGCCUGCUCUGGGGAGCACUUGCUCUGCCUCUGUGCUUGGCUGACACAGGUGGGGAGUUCUCCCCUUGUGUCUUCCCCUUCAUCUACAAGGGGAAAACCUACACCUCCUGCACCAAGGUUGACAGCAGCAAGGAAAUUCCCUGGUGUGCCACGACAAGCAACUAUGAUCAGAAUGCCAAAUGGAAGUACUGCAGCUCUCAAGAGUAUGGGGGCAGCUCAGGUGGCCAGCCCUGCUUUUUCCCUUUUAUAUACAAGGAGCGCAUCUUUUACACCUGCACGAACGAGAACACUCCCAACGGGCGAUUCUGGUGUGCCACCACAGACAACUAUGACCGUGACCUACGCUGGAGCUACUGCGCUGACAUGUUGUUGAGCACAGACCCAAAGGGACCCUGCGUCUUCCCGUUCACCUACAAAGGUCAGACCUACAGCUCCUGCACCACGGAAGGGUCAUCCAAAGGGCUUCUGUGGUGCUCUCUGAGCAGCAAUUACGAUACGGAUCCCAAGUGGACAUACUGCCAAGCUUCUGUGUCGGGUACGAACAGUGGGAACCUCCCUUGUGUCUUCCCCUUCAAAUACAAAGACAAGCUGCACUAUGGCUGCACAAACGUUGACUCAAGAUCUGGCGAGUACUGGUGCUCCUCCACCAGCGACUAUGACAGCAAGUGGCACUACUGUUCCAUGUCAGAGUAUGGAGGAAAUUCCAAUGGUGGAAAAUGUGUUUUUCCCUUCAUCUAUGACCAGAAGUUAUUUUACGGCUGCAUCAAAACAAAUGAAGAUGAGAAUCCGUGGUGUGCCGCAACAGGCAAUUAUGACCAACAUAAACUGUGGAGUUACUGCCCUGAAAUGUAUACGUCCUGGACUAACACGGAGUCCCAAUGUGUGUUCCCGUUUAUUUACAAGGGGGAGUCGUACGAUUCCUGCAUCCAAAAUGAGAUGCUGCCUGGAAAAUUCUGGUGUGCUACAACGAGCAACUAUGACCAGCACAAAACGUGGUCCUUGUGCUCCUACACAGGUCCAGGCCAUUUCUCGGAGCAAUCCUGUGUCUUCCCUUUCACCUACCGGGGCAAACAAUUCCAUGAAUGCACCAGCCUGAACGAGAAAAACGGGAAGCUCUGGUGUUCCACGACUGACAACUAUGACAGGGACUACAAAUGGAACUUCUGUCCGUCCUGAUGCAGAGGAAGGGUGAAAAAGGGAAUGGCCCGUGUCCCUCCGCUUGGCACUGCCUGUAGUAUCGUCUAACCGAUCCCGUCUCCUGCUGCUCAGCUUCAUGCAAUGCAUUUAAUCUCAGUUGCUUUGACCGCAUUUUAUCAGC